UUUUUGGAUCUCCAUCUUUUUAAAUUAGUCAUAUUAAUAGUUGAUCCCGGCCGGAUGAAAAUUAACACUCACUACUUUUGUCGUUUUUUAUUUUCUCAGAAUACCUCUAUCAUAUUUACCUAAUGCUUGCUUACAGGUUCUUGUGAGUGGAAAACUCCGAUCUCAAUGUGCUAAGUCAAUGAAGUUCAAGGAUGGUUACAUGGUUUCCUCUGGUCAACCAACCAAGGACUAUAUUGAUUCUGCAGUGAGGCAUGUUCUUAGACAGGGCGGGCUAGAAAUCAAGGUGAAGGUCAUGCUUGACUGGGACCCCAAGGGCAAAACAGGACCGAUGACACCAUUGCCUGAUGUUGUGAUCAUCCAUGGUCCGAAGGAUGAAAAUGCUAACCAAACAUCUGUUCCGAUUGUUGCCACGGCUGCUCCUGUCCCAGAAGCUCCGCUUACAACCACAGAUUACCCAGAAAUUCCAGUUGCUUAAAAAGCCUUUUUGCGUUUGUUUUUUUUGUUUUAUUAAUAAGUUUUGUAGAUUGAGUUACAUUAAGGAUCGUAGGUGUAGGUUUUUUUUUUGGGUAUUGAUUUCU